UUAAGACCCAAAUCACAACAGCGGAAGUGUGGAAUGAGUUCAGCUGGAAGAUUUGUUUAUUUCAUAUAAAGGUUAGAGCCCUGUUGGAAGAUGAACAGCCUCUCUCCAGAGGUGGCACUGAGCCGGAUCUCUCCUGAGCUGCGGCCUUUACUCUGUAGUGUUGUACGCAAUGGACGAGUUGGUUUGGACUCCUCUAACUGUCUCCGGAUCACUGAUCUCAAGAGUGGCUGCACAUCAUUGAUGCCUGGUCCUUGCUGUGACAGAUUUAAACUCCAUAUUCCAUAUGCUGGAGAGACUCUUAAAUGGGACAUCAUCUUUAAUGCCAGAGACCCAGAGCUGCCCCCUGACUUUAUCUUCGGAGAGGACGCUGACUUCCUGCCAGAACCAUCAGAACUCCCACACUUGGUGUCAUGGGAUGCUGGUAAACCUGAGUGUCUCUUGCAGCUGGUGAAAGAGCUGUUGCAGCAGUACCAUCAGUACCAGUGCCAACGGCUUCGUGACAGUUCUCGCCUUCUCUUCGAGUAUGACAGCCUGCUGGAGGACCCCAGUUACGGCCGCAGUAUGGAGGUCUACGCUGGCCGCAAAAACAGCUGGACAGGGGAGUUCUCUGCUCGAUUCCUUCUCAAACUCCCAGUGGAUUUCAGCAACAUCCCCAUCUAUCUUCUCAAGGACACAGCGCUUGAUCCAGGAGAGGAUGUGGCCCUUCUGUCUGUUAGCUUUGAAGAUGCUGAAGCCACACAGGUUUUCCCUAAACUCUACUUGUCUCCCAGCAUUGAACAUGCACUUGGAGGGUCUUCGGCAUUGCAUAUCCCAGCAUUCCCCAGUGGAGGCUGCCUCAUUGACUACGUGCCUCAAGUGUGCCAGUUACUCACAAACAAGGUGCAGUAUGUGAUCCAAGGAUAUCACAAGAGGAGAGAAUACAUUGCUGCUUUUCUCAGCCACUUUGGAAUGGGGGUGGUAGAGUAUGAUGCUGUUGGGUUUACCAAACUCACCCUUUUGCUUAUGUGGAAAGACUUCUGCUUCCUGGUCCAUGUGGACCUGCCUUUGUACUUCCCCCGAGAUCAGCCCACCCUCACAUUUCAGUCUAUCUAUCACUUCACCAGUAGCGGGCAGCUGUACUCUCAGGUGCAGAAGUCUUACCCCUACAGUCCACGCUGGGAUGGCAACGAGAUGGCCAAACGAGCCAAGGCUUACUUCAAGAGCUUUAUUCCUCAGUUCCAGGAGGGGGCUUUUGCCAACGGAAAGCUGUAGAUUUACAGCGUGAAUGUGGAGGGCAUUGACGUACUGUUAGAGUUAAACGGGGGUUUAUGAACAAGACGCACAGGAACCCAAUGUGACAGCAUGUACCUAGAGUCUGUCUGUUUAAUGGAAAACCUGUGACUCACAUGUCUAAUGUCAACUGGUCCUCUGCAAUGUUUUAGCCCUCUUGAACUCAUAAGCAAAGUGACUUGGUACACUUAAAUGUACUGCAUGUACUGGUCAUUUUUCAUCUUUUUUUAACUUACAAGUUACUUUAUUUGUCUUUGCCUAUUGUCUUUAUAAAGAGAUUACAACAAUAAACCAAAUUAAUUUGCCAAGAAUAAUGCAGUUAUUUGAGUUCAUCUGUGCACUGCAUUUUGAAGGAUUUAACAAACAAAUUUGCAUGUAUGUGUGAAGCUUUUAACAGGUUGUAAAAGAGAAACACAUUAUUAUUAACGUGCAAGUGUGUUUGUUAAGGGAGUCUAGUCAUGAACGGGAUGUGUGGGGGAAAACCUGUACGGCUGAGGGAGAGAGAGAAUAGCGAGAGAGGGAUUGCUCGCAUGUUUUCAUCAUCAAGCACAAGGGUCAUUGUCAGGGGUCUGUUUUGCCCUGGGGGUCUGCCCUCUUCUAUAUUUAUUGUUAGUUAUGUAGGAGCUGUCAUGUCUUAUUGGGAACUACAGGAUGAAUGUAUCUGGGGCAUUUAAUAGAAUCAAGUCUCUUAAUAUAAGAAUGAAAUACAAGAUUCUUUUUGUCUAUUUUCGCUUCCAUCCUUACUUGGCUCUCUAACCUUUUCCGACCUGCAUUCAAACUGGCCUUGUAAGAUUGCGCAAGAAACUUAAUUUACUGUAAGGGAAUAAAUCUCCCUAAAAAUGAAAAUUCUGUCACUAUGUACUCCAAACUGUCACUAUUUCCAAUCCAAAACCCAUUUGCUGUUGUUUAUUUCUUAGAACACAAAAGGAGAAUUUUUGUAGAACGUUCACGCAGCUCUUUUCCACACAGCAACAUUUUAUAGUGACCACAUCCAUCGUGUUCCAAGAAGAGCACAACAGUGCCCACCCACUUUAUCAGCAGUCCUGGUUCUAAAAGUAUUAUUCCCAUUCAUUUCUUCCAUAGGGAUUUUAGAAAAUCCUUCAUAAAGAGUUCCAAGACAUGAACUAAACCAACCAGUUCCAAGGUGAAUCAUGCCAUUACAAACUUUGAUUUGAAGCAAAAAUCUGACAAAAAGACAAGGGUACAAGACUAAACGUCUUCUAUGAUAAAUCUAGAACAGGAUUUAUUAUUUUCACCGGCUGUCAAACACAUAUUGAGCUACACAUAACACAUAAUCUACACAAAGGAUUCGCAUAAGCUACACAUACGUUACACAUAUGUAUUUUCUCAGGCACAAAUUGAGUCUAAAUAGAUGCACAUCUUACAUUAUUUCAGUAGUGCACCCAAAUAACAAUAAUCAUAUCAUACUGUCCACGUGUUGUACUUGCUAUAGUUUACUUCAAUGUUGUUUCUUCAUCAAAUAGCAUUGUCAAAUGUAUAUCAAUUCAAUCACUGAAACAUCAGUGCCACCUUGAGUAAGCAAUUGCAUGUAUAAUAUAUAUGUGUACAUACAUAUGGAAUACUGAUUGUCACCAUAGUUGAUGAUUCUUUUUUGCAUAGAAAGUCAAUGUG